AUGAGAGGAAAUAAUUAUGCAAUAGUUGUCUUAAGAACUGCUAUAAUUGUACCAACAUUCAUAAUUGGUUGCUUAUCCAUAGUUUACACUCAAUUUGUAUCAAUAUUUUUUUUUAAAAAUCAACCAGCAUCUUUACAAUCAUUAAUUAAUAUAACCAAAACUCAUUUUGUUUUAUUAUUAGUAUUUGUAACCAAUGUUAUUCAAAGUAUAAAGAUUCAAAUUACACUCGAAAAGAGUUCAAUUCCCAAUUUCCAAAGUUUUUAUAUAGAUCAAGGAAAUAAUUUACACCUGUUAUUUUUACCCAAUUCAAUAUUAAUUUCUAAUCAUCAAAUUUAUACAGAUUGGUUGUUCUUGUGGUUUUUGACCUAUACGUCAAAAAUGAGUAACUCGGUGUAUAUAAUUUUAAAAGAUUUAUCAAAAAUUCCUGUAUUGGGUUAUGGAAUGAAGAAUUAUAAGUUUUUAUUCUUAUCAAGAAAGUGGCAAGAGGAUAAAAUUAUUUUAACUAAUCAGUUGUUAGAAAUUGAUGCUAAUGCAAGAGGAGUUGGACCAGCAAAUGGAGUCAAAUUAAUCAGUGGUGGAAAUGAAAUAAAAAAAUGGCCUAAAGGUGAAAAUUCAAAUCAAAUUUGGCCCUUUGAAUUAAUAUUAUUUCCAGAAGGUACAGUUCCAUCCGACAGAACAACUAAGAAAUCAGCAGAAUUUUUAAAGGCUAAAGGUAGACCAGAAUUGAAGCAUGUUUUAUCCCCAAGAAUUAGAGGUUUAUUUUUAGCGUUGAAAAAAUUAAAAAAUUCAGUUGAAAUGGUUUAUGAUAUAACUACUGCUUACUCAAAUUUAAAAGAAGGUGAAUAUGGUGAAAUUAAAUUUUCAUUGAAAGAAUUUUAUUUAAAAGGUAAUGGUCCACCUGUUGUAAAUUACUACAUUAAAGGUUAUAGAAUAGAUGAAAUUCCAUUGGGCUUAGAAACUGAUGAUAUAGAUAAUGUACCACAAGAUGAAUUAGAUGAAUUUGAAAACUGGUUAUUAAAGGUUUGGUAUGAAAAGGAUCAAUUAAUGGAUAAUUUUUAUAAAUUUGGUAGUUGGAAUCAAAAAGAAGAUACUAAAACAAUAAUUGGUGACUUUAAAUUAAGAAAAAAUUAUGAAUUUAUCAUGCCUUUUUCAUUCGUAAUUAUAACCUUUUUAAUAAUUAGAGUUAUUUAUAUAUUUAUAAAAAGAUUUAUAUAG